AUGCGCUCCUCCCUCACUAACUCUGGGCUGCAAGCCAUAUCAACACCCGUUUCGUCGGAUCCCUCACAGCCAUCUACAAUCAGUGAUGCGCCCAAGGACCGCUCUCCCGUUGCGACCGGCGGCACAGCUAUGUCCGAUCCUCGAAGCAACCCUCGCAGUUGUGUGACCUGUCGUCGACGGAAGAUUCGAUGCAAUAAAGUACAGCCCUGCUCCAACUGUGUCAAAGCAAGAGUCGAAUGCGUCUUUCCCAAGCCUGGUAGAGCGCCUCGAAAGUCGAAGAAGGGGACAGAAGCGGAACUGUUAGCACGACUGAAAACCCUCGAAGCCGCCGUCAAGAGUAUCGGAAAACCAGAAGCUGUCGAGGGCAACUUUGCUGAUGAGGCCAAACCUUCGAGUGGGUUGAAUGCCAAUGGCUGUGCGGAACGGUCUUCGAAUAAUGCCGAGUUGGAUUCUGUAAAUGAUGAGAUGGGCAGACUCGUCGUCAGCGAUGACCAAAGCCGGUACAUAAGCAACCGGUUUUGGACGAGAUUUGGGGAUGAGAUUGAGGAAUUAAAGAACAUGAUCGAUUGCCCGACGUCAGAUGAAGACGACUAUCCCUCUCCGGGUGACUCCGCAUCUGCCUCUUCGCCAUGGACGGGUAAUGAUGGAUUUUUGUUCGGCUUUAGGUCUGCAGCGCAUAGCCUACGCGAGUUCCAUCUACCGCCGGAGAAAUUCGGCAUUGUGUGGGAGACAUACCUUGAAAAUGUUGCUCCAAUUGUCCCUAUAUUUCAUCGCCCGAGUUUGAAAAACAUGCUAUGGAAUGCAGUCGCGAAUCUCGACUCUGUGAACAAAAAUACUGAAGCAUUGCUGUUCACAGUGUACUAUACCGUCAUAACAAGCAUGACACCUGAGCAAUGUCUAUCUCAACUGGGUGAAGAUCGUGAUGCUGCCCUAAACCGUUACCGAUUCGCUGUCGAGCAAGCGCUAGCUAAGGCCAAUAUACUAAGUACCCAUAGUUUGGUGCUCCUUCAAAGCCUUGUUUUAUUUUUGAUUUGUGUACGCCAAAGCAGCGACUCUCGAUAUAUCCUAUCGAUGACAGCAAUUGCCAUUCAAAUCGGUCGAGGAAUCGGUCUCCACCGUGAUGGAGCUACCUUCGGUUUAGCACCACUUGAGACUGAACUGCGGCGGCGACUAUGGUUACAAAUUUGCCUCCUGGAUUUUUGCUGUUCUCUAGAUCACGGAUGUGAUCCGAUGGUCCAUGAACAUUCUUAUGAUACUCGUCCGCCACUAAACAUUAACGAUGAUGAUAUAUCUCCAGAUUCAAAGGAGCCUCCAGAGGAACGAGUGGGAUACACAGAUAUGACUUUCCUUUUGUUUCGUUCCGACAUCGUUGUCGUAUCAAGACGAUUUACCAAUGUGCCACCGAGCGCUUCUUGCAAACGGUUUGUGGCCUCCAUUUCCCAAAAGGAGCGUGAGGAAAUGGUGGAAAAUCUCAGCCGGCAGCUUGAGCAUAAAUACGUGCAGCACUGCGAUAUGAGCAUACCAAUUCAAUGGGUUUGCGGCGCACUAUCGCGUCUAGUUGUAGCGAAAUUACUUCUCGUGAUCCACCACCCAAUGACACGGGAAGAUGUGGAAAAUUCCGUUCCAGAGGAAACAGAAAAUCGGCUCUUCUUUUCUGCAAUUGAAAUGAUUGAAUUUGGUCUUUUGCUGGAAACCAACGCUAAUACGUCCCAAUGGAGAUGGCUAUUCCGCACUGAUACACAAUGGCAUGCUCUUGCUUAUGUGCUAUCAAAUCUGUGCGUGCGGCAGCCAUGCCCUGUCGUGGAGCGAGCCUGGAACGCUGUCAACGCGGCAUAUAAAGGAUUGGAAUUAAAAGGCCAACAGAAGGGGGAUAUGCUCUGGCGGGGAAUACGUAAACUUAUGGCCCGAGCGCUUCAAUUUCGCGAAAUGCAGUCGCAACGAUCCAGUGCAGGGUUUGGAGGGCAUGAGCCAUAUACUAAUGGUUUCCAGCCCUCUAACGACACCUCGCUUUCUCAACCUUUAGCAUCAAUCACGUAUCUGCACCAGCCGCAACAAGCCCCGGUCACGGCAAUCAACCUUGCACCAGGGCCUGUAACAGGUUUCAGUCCAGGUGUCGAAAGUUAUAAUCCUAGCCCAAUUGACUUAUCAACACUCUCGCCAUGGCCCCCUUUACCUCUGGAUAGCAUGUACGAUACAGGAGUUUCAAAUAUAAACGCCUCGAUCACCUCAGCGCCGCCUUCUUGGGACGAAUGGAACCGUGUUGUGCGAGAAUUUCAACUUGACAUCGGAAAUGACGGGAUGGUAACAUCGGGGCAGGCUCCAAUUUGGUUUGAAUAA